AAAUGAUAAACCAUCAUGUUGACCCACUUAGAUUCAUCCGUCUGCUAUGACGAUGGAAAAACCUACCAAGUGGGCAACCAGUGGCAGAAGGAGUAUCUGGGCGCCAUCUGCACCUGCACAUGCUACGGAGGACAACAGGGCUGGAGAUGUGAGAACUGUCGCAGACCCGGUGCUGAUGUGGACGUCAGUCUGCUGCAGCCUGUCAGAUAUGGAGACAACUCACCGCAUAGACUGAAUAUCCACUGCCCCAUCGAGUGCCUCCGACCCGAGCUGCUGGCAGACGCACACGUUCCCCAGAACGCCCGGGAAUAAAGCGCCACUCGUCUGGAGACCUGCUUCGCUCCCUCACCGUCCACUCGCUGCACUGUCUCACCUUGUAGAAACCUGAACUCACUCACUCACUGACCCGUUCAGCUGCAGAUGUCGUAACUGCCUCGCCGCUGCUGCUGCUGCUCUCGCUCAGCUGGAAAAUGAAGACUCUCUUUUCCUCUUUUUUUUUUAACAUUACCUUCCACAUAAUCUGUGCUUUGAUCCUUGAUGGAAGCUUUUAUAAAGGUUUGUAAUGAGUCAUAUUUAUAAACUUGGCACUGGUUUCCCAUUUUUAAAAGAAAUUCAUUAACAUUACAGUCGUGGAGCAGAAACUGUCAGAAAGUAAGCACUGAGUAGUUAAUAAUAAUAAUAAUGAUGAUGAUGUCGAAAAUGUGCGUCUCUUUCCCCGUUGUCCUUCCCGUUUGUGAGGAGGUCGCACUUUGAAUCCUAAUCUUCUCCUUUUUACUCACUCGUCCCUUUCAUUUCAACAUGUGAAUGUGUCGACUGGGAUGAGAGAAUUUGAACUGUUCUAUUUUUGUACUUUGUUGUCAGUGCCAAAGUUGUUUUGUCUCUGCGACAAAAAGAAGUCCCCCCCCGUUUGAAUAAAGCUGGAGAGAUGCUGACAUCUAA